AUGGCGUCCCGAUCGCCCACCGCGUUGACGCCUUUACCUAAAGCUUCUUCGGCUCCCCAAACGCCUGCGAUCGCGGUCUCUAGCCCGACUCAGCCUGUCUCUUUUCCUCCGCCGCAAACCUUUGAUAUUAUUCCGCCAUUGCAUGGUCUUCUCUGCCGCCUGCUGUCUCCCCAUACAACUGGUGCUUCCGAUGCUGCUAGGGGUGCAACAGAUACCGUCGGUCAACCUUCGUUAGCUGUUCCAACACAAGCUCAGCAGCAACCUUCGGUAGUCAAUGACAAUAGAAAUCAGAUCCUUACUGGUGCACCACAGCAGAUGUUAUCAUCGUCUGCUACUGGUGUGACAGCGUCCGCCAGUUCCACGGCCGUGACAGGCGAUAUUGGCCCGAACGCCCUACCGUCCCUCGACGCCAAAGAUCUUCCUACUGAAUCGAGUGCGAUCAAAAUUAGGAUUCAAAAAGCACGCGCCGUGGUUGACAGCUUACCCGAUGUGCAUCGCUCGGUUACGGAGCAGGAGAGGGAGAUGAAAGAUCUCGAGGAUCGUAUUGCACGACUGAGAUCUGUGAUUGCCGACUUUGGCAGUAGGGCUGGCGGUGAAACGCUGACUUGA